UGCGAGAUGGAUCGGCGUCAUUACGUCGUCCUUCACUACGCAGCGUGUCCCUGUUCUGCUGACUGGGAAGCCCCUUGCACGGAGCUGCCAACGCCCGGCGUAAAGACACAAAACAGAGGAUUCGAUCUUGAAUGAGUAGUGAAGACCGCAGCUAUGCAGACCAUCAAGUGUGUUGUUGUAGGGGACGGUGCUGUAGGUAAAACCUGCCUGCUCAUCUCUUACACCACAAACAAGUUCCCCUCUGAGUAUGUUCCUACGGUUUUUGAUAACUAUGCUGUAACUGUAAUGAUCGGGGGAGAGCCCUACACUCUGGGCUUAUUUGAUACAGCAGGUCAGGAAGAUUAUGACAGAUUACGGCCCCUGAGUUAUCCCCAAACAGAUGUUUUUCUUGUCUGUUUUUCUGUUGUUUCUCCCUCCUCCUUUGAAAAUGUAAAAGAAAAGUGGGUUCCAGAGAUCACUCACCACUGUCCAAAGACUCCUUUCCUGUUGGUGGGGACACAGAUCGACUUGAGGGACGACCCCUCCACUAUAGAGAAGCUUGCCAAGAACAAGCAGAAGCCCAUCACUCCAGAAACUGCAGAAAAGCUCGCCAGAGACCUGAAGGCAGUGAAAUACGUGGAGUGCUCAGCCCUCACACAGAAAGGCCUAAAGAAUGUGUUUGAUGAAGCGAUAUUGGCCGCACUGGAGCCCCCAGAGCCCAAGAAGAAACGCAAGUGUGUGCUGCUAUGAGAGGCUCCUCCCCUUUUACAGCCCACCACCACAAACACACACAUGUAAACACAACACCAUCCACGUCCACUGACCCCAGCCCUCUCUUGCUCUGCUAAGGCUCGUUGACAACCUUGAGAAAACAUCUUACCAACUUUUGGACAUUUCUCUGCAAUAAUGACGUUUAUAAUUGUGAGUGUGGUACAGAGAUCUCCACUCUGUUACAAUGACACAAUUGGGAUCUAUAAACCAAGUCUAUAGAAAGCUAACCUUGAUUCCGGAUUUCGCGUGGAACAAUUAACAGGAAGAACCCAGUCAUGUUAUUUUCUUUUUAGUUCUUGUAAAAGAUUUAGACUCUGCUCCUGCCUUCCUGCUUCCACCACGCUGUCAUCCCCUUUGGUAAUGAGCUCUCCCCACAUGCUUACAUUUGUUGUUUGCCAAUUUUCUUUUAUCACAACCUGUCUCAAUAUUUCAAUAUUUAACAGAUGACUGUUAAGAUGAGUGCGGAUGUGUCCCCACCGAGCUGGUCAACAUUGCCAUACAUAGACAGUCCCAUUGCAUUUAGUGGUGGUAGAAUAGCACAGACUGUCCAAGUAGAGUGUGCUUCAUCUAAAUGCAUUAUUAAUAGUGGGCCCAUGUGGUGACCACGCAAUUGGCUUUUUAGGUUGCAAGAAACUUCGAACAGUGUUAGCAGAUCAAGUGGUGUGUUUUUCAUGCUUUGCCAGGGACCAAGGAGUAACGCACUGGCCUCAUAAAGAAGACAGAAGGGGUACAAUAGUGGGAACUAUGAACAAACGUCAUGUUGGCACAAGCAGAUGCCAUUGCUAGUUUAAUGCUUUUUAUAUGAACUGAACUACUCCACCAUAUUUCUGUGCCAGCUCAGAAUGUGGUGCCUUGUUUUAGAGUGACUGUCUGCCCCGUUGUCCCCUUCCACACAUUGAAGAGUGCUGCCUUGGUCUCGGUUCUCAUGAUAGGAUUUACAGAUGUAAGUAUAAUGUAAACUGGCACACAAUGUUGACGUAGGCUCUAAGUGUUUUUACCAAAAUCUUUUUUUUUUUUUUUCUUCAUUUUUGUUUGUGCUGUUUUUUUUUAUUUUAUAAACAUAUAUAAAUAUAUAUGAAAGGUUUCCUUUCACUUUUACCUUUAGGGGCAGGAUCUCAACUGAACUCUUCAUCUGCCAGUUUAUCAAGAUUACCUCUGAUUAGUUCAGUCAAAUAAACCCUCCAAUGUUCGGUAAAGACAUGUGAUUGGCUGGUUCUUGUCUUCUUUACUGGUGGCUUUGAGUUUGGUUGACCUCCAGCCCAAGGCAGUAUCAUUAAGAUAACGUAAUUGUUUUUGGUAAAAACCAAAUGCUUUGUCAAAAGUCUUUGUUCUUUAUAUGCAUUCUUUUCAAAAAUAUUAAACUUAUACCUUAAUUGCCUUUA